AGUAGGUUCCCAGUAGUACCUCUUACGUUUCUCUUACUCUGAAUACUCUCUACGUCUUUUUUUCCCUUUUAUCCUUCAAUUCAGUAAAACUGUACAAUGUCUGACACUUGGACCGAGAUCCAAGAACACAAGCGCCGUCGGGAAAGUCUUCGUAAUCGUCUUCAACAGCGAAGGAGGGAACGUCAAGGAAUAGGUGUGCAAGACAAUGAUUCUUCAGGUACUGAUGCAUCUCAACCAGAUACAACAGCAUCUGUCCCAACAGAUCAGUCUUCUGUUUCAAACAAACAGACUGAUAAAGUUUUAAAAGUGGAUCCUUUGUUGGAAAACAAUCUACUUGAGUGUCUUUGUGAUCCUUCCUUAACUUUCCCAGUUGAUUCUGUUCAACUGACAAAUUCUCUUUCCUCCAAGCUGGAUGAGAACAGCAUUCCCCACACAGCGGUCGAGAGCCUACUUCACAAGUUUGCAGUUCAGGACUUUAUAUGUAUUAAACAUGGGACUUCGGCAGAUGGAACCACUUGUACAAUAGUGACAACUACAAACCAUCUGAAGAUAGAUGCAGUUCGUAGAAACUUUCCCAGCAAAGAUGAUAAAUCAAAUUCAAAGAAAAGAAAAAGAGAAAAUGACUCUAGCAAUCCAGUGUUGUUACCUGUCAUUGCACAAACUAAACCAAGAAUUGAAUCAGCUGAUGACCUUGAGAGUCUCUUAUCAAUGCCGACUAUGAAGGAGAUGGAAAGUAAAAAAGUUGGAGAAGAAAUUUUGGAUCUUCUAAAUGUACCAUCACAUAAGGAACAAUCUACAGUUGAAAAGUUCAAGUCUCAAGGAGGGGCAUUUGUGCAUGAGUUUUGUGAUCAUGGAACAAGAGAAGACUGCAGGAAGAAUAAUCCCCGAAGCCAACCUUGUAGGAAGGUUCAUUUUAGGAAAAUUAUUCAGAAGCAUACAGAUGAAUCCCUUGGAGAUUGCUCAUUCCUCAAUACUUGUUUUCAUAUGGACACUUGCAAGUAUGUCCAUUACAAGGUUGAUUAUAGUGAUGUUGAGUUGAACAAGGAAGAGAAGGAAAAAGACAAGAGAAAAGAAGAAAAGGCAUCUUUAACAAAAACCGCAGAGGAAGAAAACCGAGUGAUACUGUAUCCACCCCAGUGGAUUCAGUGUGACAUGAGAUAUUUUGAUAUGACGGUUUUGGGCAAGUUCUCUGUAGUCAUGGCCGACCCUCCCUGGGAUAUACAUAUGGAGUUACCUUAUGGUACUAUGUCAGACGAGGAGAUGCGUAAGCUAGAUGUUCCCUCUCUUCAAGACGAAGGAUACAUAUUUCUUUGGGUGACUGGACGGGCGAUGGAACUUGGUCGAGAAUGUUUAAAGCUUUGGGGCUAUGCGGGCUGCGACGAGUUAAUCUGGGUGAAAACAAACCAACUACAGCGCCUUAUUAGGACGGGGAGAACUGGGCACUGGCUUAAUCACGGAAAAGAGCACUGUUUGGUUGGCGUGAAGGGAGAAUGUAGAAAAUUUAACAGAGGGUUGGACUGUGAUGUGCUUGUUGCUGAGGUGAGACAGACAAGUCACAAACCAGAUGAAAUCUACGGAGUGAUCGAAAGGUUGGCACCAGGAACAAGGAAGAUAGAACUCUUUGGAAGGCAACACAACGUUCAACCAAACUGGAUAACCUUGGGUAAUCAACUGGACGGUGUGAGACUAUUAGACCCAGAAGUCACAGCACGCUUCAAAAAACGCUACCCUGACGGAAACGUACUCAAACCUCCCACCACUAAAGCCUGAUUCUUUUCGAGCUGACUCACCGUAGACGCCUGUUUUAAACAAAACCUGCGCAGCAACCUAGUGAAGUAAAACAUGUUACUCCUCAGUAACUGCAGAGAGCGUCAGUCAAAUGAUCCGCUUUCGUAUUGUCACACGACGAUAAGACCUCCGAGAUAGUGACAGUCGAUUCAGUUCGGUGGACGGGAUCAGGUGACACGCCCCGUCCUGUUUUCUAUUUGUCCACUUGGAAGUAAACAGAGUGUUCUCUGUGAAGCAGUUUUUUCUGUCUUUUUUAAACCAAACAAAGGAAGUGUGAACUGAAGUGUCACGUGAAAAAUUGAAUCCCUUUUUUUUUUUCUCCCCUGACGCUUAUCUCGGCGUGAUUACAGCAUAGAUUUCCCUUUUCCCGCCUGGCUGAGAGGGAAAAAAAAUCUGUUUCGGAGGCCAAUUCACCAAACGGCGUCAGUGGAUUAGACUGCCACUGCACCUGCUCAGAGUUCUCAGCUAACUUAACUAGAAAAUCGGCAUGCUACAUAUUUGAUUCGUUUGAUUUUUAUUCUACAAUCUGUAGACAAAUUGUCUGUUUCUGUUUAGAUUACCGUGGGUUUUACUUGGAUGACCUGGCAAAUUGACGCGGAAUUUUUGUUCCGCUCGCUGGUUCAACUGAGAACUGUAUCUAUCACACUUUCUACGUUCUAUUUUAACACGGAGUUUAAUCUUCUACUUCUCAAGGGUUCUACUAUUGAUCUGAUUACAGUGUGCGUGUACUUCAGUUUUCCGCUGUCUUACACAAUACAGUACUAUAACCUAUCAUAUGCACAGCUUACAGUAAUAUAACUAUCGUACGAUA